CGCUUCCAUCUGGUGUGUACUGAUGCAGAUGGACGUCAAGACUGAACACUGACAAGUGCAAGCGACACAUUCCUUCUCCUCCUCCUCCUCCUCACCCUGUUGCCCCCCAACCCCCUCUGUCACGCUGGCAAUGUCAAGAGUCCCGAGUCCCCCUCCCCCUGCGGAAAUGUCCAGCGGGCCCGUGGCCGAGAGCUGGUGCUAUACACAGAUCAAAGUGGUGAAGUUCUCCUACAUGUGGACCAUUAACAACUUCAGCUUCUGUCGUGAAGAGAUGGGUGAGGUCAUCAAGAGCUCCACCUUCUCUUCAGGGGCCAACGACAAACUGAAAUGGUGUUUGCGAGUGAAUCCAAAGGGUCUGGACGAAGAGAGCAAAGACUACCUGUCCCUCUACCUGCUGCUGGUCAGCUGUCCAAAGGCAGAAGUGCGUGCAAAGUUCAAGUUUUCUAUUCUAAACGCAAAAGGAGAGGAGACCAAAGCCAUGGAAAGUCAGAGGGCGUACCGCUUUGUUCAGGGCAAAGAUUGGGGCUUUAAAAAGUUCAUCCGGAGAGAUUUUCUCCUGGAUGAGGCCAAUGGCCUCCUCCCUGAUGACAAACUCACACUCUUCUGUGAGGUGAGUGUGGUGCAAGACUCUGUCAACAUAUCUGGUCAGAACACGAUGAACAUGGUGAAGGUGCCCGACUGUCGGCUUGCAGACGAGCUGGGAGGCCUGUGGGAGAACUCCCGCUUCACUGACUGCUCCCUGUGUGUGGCUGGCCAAGAGUUUCAGGCCCACAAAGCCAUCCUGGCAGCGCGCUCCCCAGUAUUCAGUGCCAUGUUUGAGCACGAGAUGGAAGAGAGCAAAAAGAACCGUGUGGAGAUCAACGACGUGGAGCCUGAAGUUUUCAAAGAAAUGAUGUGCUUCAUUUACACAGACAAAGCUCCCAACCUGGACAAGAUGGCUGAUGACCUGCUGGCAGCCGCUGAUAAGUACGCUCUGGAGAGACUGAAGGUGAUGUGUGAGGACGCCCUGUGCACCAGUCUGUCUGUAGAGAACGCUGCAGAGAUCCUCAUCCUGGCUGACCUGCACAGCGCCGACCAGCUCAAAACACAGGCAGUCGACUUCAUCAACUACCACGCUGCAGAAGUGAUGGAGACGGCUGGCUGGAAGUCCAUGGUUGUGUCUCACCCACACCUGGUGGCCGAAGCUUACCGCUCUCUGGCCUCUGCCCAGUGCCCUUUCCUCGGACCCCCACGCAAACGCCUCAAACAGUCCUAACAGCAUCACAGCAAUGCUUUCCCUCACAGUCAUGAUUACACACACAAGCACACACAGAACA